AUGACUCGUCCUUCUACUGUGCGUAAUCGCCGUUCAACAAAUAAAUCGUCAUCAACAACAAAAGUCAGCAAUGAUCGAUCAAAUACUGAGCCUGGUCAAUUAUCGCAAGAAUCCUCACUGUUCUCAUCUUAUGUUCAAUCUCCAUUAUUUUAUAUAUUAUUUGUGUUAAUAUUAGCAGUAUUAAUUGGAUAUAUUCAUUUUCAAUAUGUAUAUAUUCUAUUUGAGAAUGAUAAACAUUUUUCACAUUUAUCAACAUUGGAACGUGAACUCUCAUUUCGAACAGAAAUGGGUUUAUACUAUUCUUAUUUUAAACAAUUAAUUGAAUCAAAAACAUUUUUAAAUGGAUUUCAAUCAAUUGUCCAUGAUAAUCGAACAGAAGCUCCAUCAAUAAUUAAUGUUCUUGAAAGAUUCAAUUUAUAUCCAGAAGUAAUAUUGAGUCUAAUCUAUCGAUAUUUAGAUUCAAGAGGUUCUUUACAUCAAACAUGUUAUCGUACUGAACGUGGUCAAACAAUGCCACCAGUCCUUUCAUGUGAAGGUCAUAAAGAGCCAACUUAUUUUUAUGUAACAUGUGUAUUUAUAUUAAAUGGUCUAUUAUUAUCUACUCUAUUUGUAUUUGCAACAUAUUUAUCUCAAAGUAUCUAUGGAGGAUUAUUGACUACGGCAGCUUAUUUUUAUAAUCAUGGCGAAGCAACAAGAGUGAUGUGGACACCUCCAUUGCGUGAAAGUUUUUCAUUUCCAUUUCAUGUUAUUCAAUUAUUUGCUCUCACAUACGUUCUACAAAAACCAUUAACAUUUCGUCAAUUAAAAGUAGAAUCUUCCAAUAAUAACUUGAAAAAUGAUGCUUCCAUUCUAUCACAACAAAAAAUCGAAAAAAUUCAAUUAAUUCUAUUGCUUAGUAUUACAUCAAUAUUGUAUUUAUUACCAUGGCAAUUUGCUCAAUUUACAAUGGCUACUCAAUUAUUAUCAGUUGGUCUAUUAUACAUUUUAAAUCUUAUUUCAUUAGAGAAACUUCUUUUUCUGAAUUGUAUUCAAACAUUAUCAUUACUAUUAACAACAUUAUUUAUGUUUGGAAAUCGAAUGUUAUUAACAUCAUUAUUUUCACAAGUUAUUAUUACAUUUUAUCUUGUAUAUGCUAUUGAUCAUUUAACAUCAUCCUAUUUAUCUAUCACAAAUCGAUUUAAAUUAAUAUUUAAACAUACUCUAAUAGUUGUAAUCUCAUUUUUAUUUACAAAAUUAGUAAUAAUGAAAUUUUUAUCGGUAGAUGAUGAUCAACAUAUUUGGGAUAUAUUUCGAUCAAAAUUUGAUAAAAAUUUUAGAACAUUUCAUACCCAAUUGU